AUGGCCUCGCCCCCCAAGCCUUGGGAGCGGCCUGGCGCUUCUGCUGCUGCCUCCACUCCUAUCCCUUCUACCACAGCCGCAUCGCCAGCCGUUGCUGCGAGCGCUGCUGCCGCUUCUUCUGCCGCUCCUCCUGUUCCCGACCGCCCUUCUUCCCUCGCCUCCGCCGUUAAUCAGAAUGCCUCAGCGUACAGCCGCGUGGGCGUGGGCGCCAUGGGCAUGGGUGCCUCACCAUACAGUGCCUAUGGCAGUGCGUAUUCAUCACCGUACUCAAGUCCGUACUCACGGUUUGGCGGCAUGGGUGGAUAUGGCGGUGGCAUGUAUGGCGGCUAUGGAGGUUACGGCGGCGGCGGCAUGUACGGGGGGAUGUAUGGCGGCGGCAUGGGCCCCAACGACCCCAACAGCUUAACCAAUCGCUUCAGCAAUGGAACUGCAGCUACCUUUCAGAUGUUGGAGGGUAUCGUAACUGCCUUUGGCGGAUUCGCCCAAAUGCUUGAGAGCACAUACAUGGCCACACACUCAAGCUUCUUUGCCAUGGUAUCAGUCGCCGAGCAGUUCGGCAACCUUCGCGAUACUCUGGGCUCCAUUCUUGGCAUCUUCACACUCAUACGCUGGAUCCGCACGCUCAUCGCCAAAAUCACGGGUCGGCCACCCCCAGCAGACGCAACCGCUCUCACACCCGCCGCCUUUGCCCGCUUCGAAGGCCGUCCUGGCCCCGAUGGCACCUCGGGUCCCGCCAAGGCUUCUCGUAAACCUCUGUUCUUCUUCCUCGCCGCAGCAUUCGGUAUCCCCUAUCUCAUGUCCAAGAUGAUCCGCACCCUGGCUGCCUCUCAAGAAGAGGAGGAGCGCCGCCUACAGCAACAGGCCCUCGAAGCACAACAACCCGUUGACCCGUCCAAGCUCGAAUUCUGUCGCCUCAUGUACGACUACCUCCCCCAGGGCAACAACACGUCCAUGGAACUCGAAGCACGAAAAGGCGAUCUCGUUGCCGUUCUCACAAAACACGAUCCCGCAGGCAACCCUAGUGAAUGGUGGCAAUGCCGUUCUCGCGAUGGCCGCCAGGGCUACCUCCCCUCCACCUAUCUCGAGGUGCUGAAGCGUCCCGGUCAAGACGUCAAGGCGAUCAAGGCCGCGUCUAGCGACUCUAGCAGAGCAAAUUCAAUCACGACUGCGUCUGAGAGCCUGCAGGAGGGCAAGAAGGAGUAUGCUACCGCUGAUGGGAUGCAGCGAAGCCAUUUUUACUCGUAA